AUGGAACCACCGAACGCAGAACAUGGUAUUCGGCUAGCAAUCAUCAUCGCAAAGAUCUUUGACUGGGCAAUGAAACUUUCAGAUAAGCCCACCAUGACUUCAGCACAUGUCGUGGUUCGACACAAACAUCAUGACGAAGACCACCGGUUUCAGAGAGGCGAAUCGACAGAGCACCACCGAUAA